AUGGCGGUCUUUUCGCUGUCCACGCUGCUCCAGAAUGUUCCGCCAGGAUCGAGGGCCUUGACCGCGGCGCUCCUGGCAUUCUCGGUGCUCCUCUUCUUCCUGCGUCUGCGCACCGGUCUGGGAUUCGGCACGGCUAGUGCGGUCCAGUUUCCCUGGCUCGUCAUCGUCCCUGGCGCGAGCUUCUGGUAUCCCUGGACGUUGCUCACAUCGAGCUUUUGCGAGUCGUCCAUCCUCGAGUUUCUCGUCUCCGUCGUCUCCCUUCCGCUCGCAGCGCGGUACCUCGAGCGCCAGUGGGGCGCGAUUGAGCUCUUCAAGUUUGCCGCCGUCGUCCUCGCUGGAAGCAACAUCAUUGCAUGGGGCCUGCAGCUUCUCCUCUUCGGCGUCUUCCGCAAGGAGGUGCUCAUCUGGGGGAUCCAGUUCCACGGGCUCCAGGCACUUCAGACCGCCUUUCUCGUGGCCUUCACCCAGCUCAUCCCAGAGCAUCAGGUUCAGGUCCUGAGCGGGGCUGUCAAGAUUCGAGUCAAGGAUCUGCCCAUGCUCUACGUGACCGUCAGUAACGUCAUGUGCCUCCUCGGCUACACCUCGCCAUGGAUCCUCAUCCAGUUCGGAUGGCUCAUCUCCUGGGCCUAUCUGCGAUUUUUCAAGGUGAACGAGUCCGGCCUCAAAGGUGAUCGCAGCGAGGCCUUUGCCUUUGUCAACUGGUUCCCGCCCUUCGCUCACAAGCCGGUCCAGUUCAUCUCGACAACGCUGUUCAACCUGUUCGUCAAGCUCCGCGUGGUCCAGCCAUGGUCCGGCGGAGACUAUGCCGACCUCGAGUCGGCUUCCGUCAACGGACAGGCUCCUCCACACAGCAGCGCCCGCGCCGAAGCCGAACGCAGACGUGCCAUGGCGUUGAAGGCACUCGAUCAGCGGCUCUCGGCGAACAAAGGCUCUGGCUCGCGUACGACCAACCUGCAGCGCUCUGAUUCUACCAAGUCCUCAGGGUCAGCUGCAGCAGCCGCGGCGUCGCACGAAAGCACAGCUCCGCUUCUUUCCGAUACGACCAGCGCCGGUGCGGGACCCACUCCCGCCUCCGCGUCCAUCCCCACGGUCGUGUUCGAGGCUCCCUCCGAGGACCUGCCCUCGGAGAAAGAUUCAAAGUAG